UUUCAGAUGGUCCAACAUCGCAGUUCUUCCAGUUGUCCUUGUCAUGAGCGUCUACUUUGCCACCCUCGGUAUAUCGAUAGCGUUCUACAGGCUUUUCCUCAACCCCCUCCGACGCUUCCCUGGCGACACACUUCCAGCACUUACAAAAUGGCAAUCCUUCUGGGUAGCUAAAUACGGCCAGACUCACCACUUUCUCUUUGCCCAGCACCAGAAGUACGGCGACUACGUGCGCGUUGGCCCCAACGAGCUUUCCGUAACCAACGUUGAUGAUCUACCUAUCAUACACGGCAAUAGAUCUAAAUUUAAUAAAGGCCCGUGGUACUGGAAGAACCUCAACGAGCCAGAGCCAGGGCUAUUCUCCGUCCAGGACUGGGACGAGCAUAAGGCCCGCCGAAAAGCAUGGGACACUGCUUUCGGUGUAAAGUCGUUGAAGGCGUAUGAACCACGAAUUGCGACGGCGCUUGAUCACCUUUGUGCCAGGUUAGAUCAAUUUGCAAAGACGGGGGAGUAUUUUGAUAUGAGCUUGUGGGCUGAGCUGCUUGCAUUUGAUGUUAUGGGGGACCUCGGAUUUGGCGAUUCGUUCCAUAUGCUCGAAUCAGGAGAGCUCCACCACUAUGUGGAAUUCGUCCAUAUAGGACUCAAGUUUAUGUGCACUCUUGCACCCAUAUCGUGGGCCAUGCCGCUCCUCAGCUUCGUUCCUGUCGACAAGAAGACCAGGGAGGUCACGGCUCGAUUCUUCGCCUAUGGCGCAGAUAGGUUCAAGUCCAGGCUAGCAAAGGGACCGAUCAAGAACGAUGUGUUCGGCUUCUUACUCGCAGCUCGAGAAGAAGGCGGGCUCACUGAUGCGAAACUCGAGUCUGAUGCUCGCAAUGUACUUCUGGGAGGUGGUGAUACUACCGCAGUUCUAAUGACUUCUCUCCUUUUCUAUCUCACCCGCCAUCCCGCCGCCAAAGCCAAGCUCCAAGCCGAAGUCAACACUCUCUUCAAAGACGAACCCUUCGACGCUGCCAAACUGGGCGGGCCGCCCUACCUCAACGCCUGCAUCAACGAAGCCCUCCGCAUGAUUCCACCGGGCCCCAACGGCAUGCAGCGCGUAGUCAACACCCCCGGCGGCAUUACCUUAAAUGGCAGGUACGUCCCCGAGGGCACGAAGAUCAGCGUCCACGGCUGGAGCGUGAUGCACGACCCGCGGAACUUCGCAAGGCCAGAAGAAUUCAUUCCAGAGCGGUGGAUUGAGGGAUCGGGGUUCAAGGGGGCGCAUAAUGCGGCUGCGUUUAUCCCGUUUUCACAGGGGACGUAUCAGUGUGUUGGGAGGCGGUUGGCGUUGCAGGAGUCGAGGAUGUUUUUGGUCAGGAUGUUCCAGAAUUACGAUUUCCAGAUUGAUCCGAAUCUUGAUCCGAAGGCUUAUGUGGCUGCGACGGAGAGUUAUUUGACUAUCACAAAGUCGGCGCUGCCACUUACUGUCACUAAACUUACGAAGACAUGAAGAGGGGUUUUGGGAGAGGGUUCAGUGAAGGACAUUCCUGAAGUGUGAGAGAAAGAUAUAAAUUGAUUCUCAUACUAUCAAUAGAGUUCAGUCACGUGGUGAUCACAUUAUAGGAACGUAACGGUCUAAGUCAAAUCGCCGC